AGAUUUGCAUUAAAAAAGCACCAUCUAGGUAUUAAAAUUAAUUAAAACAGUUGAUAUUUAAUAGUAUUUGUAUUAGCAGACCUAAAUAGAGAUAAUAUUGGGGAAUUGAGGUUCCUAAUGAUACUAAUUAAUUGAUUUAUGUAUGGUUGGAUGCUUUAUUAGGUUAUUUAUAAGUUGAGUAACAUCAUUAUAUGCAUGUGAUAGGCAAAGAUAUAGUCAGAUUUCAUGUCUUAUAUUGGCCUUGUUUUUUAAAAGGAAUCAAUAAUGAAUCUACAACUGAAUUAAUUGUUCAUAAUCAUAGGAUUAGAAAUAAUGUAAAUUUAAUAUAAUAAUUAAGAUGGAAAUGUCUAAAUCUAUUGGAAAUGUUAUUGAUCCAUUUUAAUUAUUAAAAAAAUAUAACUAAAAUCAAAUUAGAUUAUAUUUUCUUACUUAAGGUCCUUAAAAUAAGGAUGUUUCAUUUGAAGAACAAAAAUUAGAGAAAUGUUGGAAUACUUAUAUUGAUCAAUUUAAUAAUAUAUUAUUUAGAUUAUUCAGACCAAAGAUAAUAUCACCAAAUCUAUUAAUAUUAUAAUAACAUUUAUUAGAUGAUCAAUUAUUAUAUAACAAAUAAACAUUUCUGGAAUUAUAUAAAAAUACUAAGGCAUUAUUAGAUAAAAAUUUAUUUAUUGAAGGAUAUUUAGAAUUAUAAAAGAUAUUUGUACUUAUUAAUACUUUAAUUGAUAAGAAUUGA